CGUUGAGUCUUCUCCAGGUGCUUUGCGCUGUGUAUCACCCCCUUGCGUUUCCUCUGAGACCUUCCAGCAGGAAUCUUCUUUGCCGUUUGCCUUGUGGUGAAAUACUCUUAACUUAUCAUCUGAAAUGGCACCAAAGAAGGACGUUAAGAAGGCCGAGCCCAAGAAGGCCGAGGCGGCACCAGCACCAGCAGCUGCACCUGCACCUGCACCAGAGCCCGCGCCUGCUAAGCCUGCAGCAGUCAACCUAUCAGCCGUCAAGACCACCUUCACUGCUGAUCAGAUUGAGGACUACAAAGAGGCCUUCGGGCUCUUUGACAGGGUCGGUGACAGCAAGAUUUCGUACGACCAGGUGGCAGACAUCAUGCGCGCUCUGGGCCAGAACCCCACCAACAAAGCCGUCAAGACGAUCCUGGGCAACCCCUCUGCUGAGGAGAUGGCCAACAAGAGAAUAGACUUCGAGACCUUCCUCCCCAUGCUGCAGACAGUGGUGAACGACCCCCAGAAGGGAUCUUUUGAAGACUACGUUGAGGGUCUGCGUGUCUUCGACAAGGAGGGCAACGGCACAGUGAUGGGCGCUGAGCUGCGCAUUGUCCUGCAAACACUGGGAGAGAAGAUGAAGGAGGAGGAGGUUGAUGCGCUCAUGGCGGGGCAAGAGGACGAGAACGGCUGUGUCAACUAUGAGGCCUUUGUCAAACACAUCCUGUCUGUGUAAGAGGCCAUUCCUGAAGAGGUGUGGAAGCUGAAGUGUAUCUGCAGACCCCAUGGUGUCCGGACAUCCAUUUACUGUUUCUAAGACCAGCGAAGGAAACAAGGACGUGGGAUGUUGUUUCUAUACCGUUCUUUUUUUUUCUCCUUUUUGCGCGACUCCUUCUCCUCCCCCACCCCGAAAAG